AUGGCUGCAGCGCAAUCUCCCGCUCUCUCAGAAGCAAAGCCAACCAGUGUUAGCAAUUCUGCUGCUGGUACUGCUUCAGAACUUUCUGGAUUUCCACACUACAAAGAACUUCAUAAGAACCUGCGCAACAAUGUGAAGAAGCUGAAUGCGACCGCUAAAGUUGACGCUAUCAUCGCCGAGAAUCCAAAAAAGACACUGGAUGAGCUGGUUGCGGAGAAGAAGAUCAACAAUGACCAAAAGGCGCAAGCCCUGAAGAAACCGGCUCUUCAGGUCGCCGUUUCGCAGCUGGAGGAGCAGAUAGCUCAUUACAAGGAGUUUGCGACAUUUUACGAACAGCGCUUAGCUAGCCAGAAGGCGGAGCUCGAGAAGGCACACAAGGAGCUGGAGGCUCUCCGGGAGGAAGCCGCCAAUGCACCAGCCGCUCAGGCAGCCCCUGAAGUAAAGAAAGAGGAUUUCAGCGAGCAGUUGCUGCGUGUGGCCAAGUUCCUGUCUGCUGCUGCGGUCAGGAGGCACCGCGGUCUCGGCUCUGAGGUGGACACUCCCGCCUUUGAAGGUGUCCUCGCGCAAGUCUAUAGUGGUGAUCUUAAUGCGGUUGCCUCGAUGCAAAAGCUCAUCGAUGGCACUGAUGAGAAGGUUAGCAGUGUUGAGGGUAACAUACUAGACAUCACCUACUCCCAGGUCAUCCAGCUUUCCGAAGAGACCAAGGAUCCGGAGGCUGCACCCGCAUCUGAUCCUACCGCAGCUAACGCGGCCUCCACCGAGCUUCAAGAUCCGACCUAUACUACUGAAGCUGCUUCAAACGAAGCUACAGGUUCCGCGCCUGAAGCUGAGAAUGUUGCUCCUCCCCCGCAGACCCUUGUUUCGGACGGUGCGAAUGCGGUCGCCGAAGCCGCCUGGGAGCCACACAAUGAUCCUCUUGCCUCCUCCACGAACACGGAAGGCUUUGUCGAAAUUCCUCGUAAUCCGGCUGAGACAGAAACCGGUCUCCAGGCAACUCCUGCCAAUAUCAACGCCGACGUUGCUCCACAGGAAAGCGCAGCGCCCUUUAAGCCUGGCGAGAAUGGCCUCGAGUCGGCCGGCGAUCGCCACCAGAGGCAGCCUAGCUUCCGCGGACGUGGUCGCGGCCGUGGCCGUGGUGGUGAUGGCUUCCGUGGCCGUGGCCGUGGUGACUUCCGCGGUCGUGGUCGGGGUGGCCGUGGUGGCCGUGGCCGCGGAGGACCGAACGGUGCUCCCGCUGCCACUCCUGCAUCCCAGUAG